AUGAAACAGCCGGGGUCGCUAUUGCUAGCAUGGCAAGUGAAGGAUAAGCACUGCUUGGUAAUAGGAGGAGGAGACGUGGCGCUCAGUCGAGUUCAUCAUCUCAUACGGGCUCAGGGCAAAAUAACAGUCGUCAGUGGCGCCAAUGUGCACCCGGAAUUGCUAGAAUUGCACGAAAAGGGAGAGCUUCACAGCUUGUUGAAGAGAGACUACGAGCCUGAUGAUUUGCGCAUGUACGAGCAGAAGGACCAAUUGAGUUUGGAGUCGUUCAAAGAUAUUGAUGAGAGCCACUACGAGCAGAUUGAUGAACAGGUCAGGAACCAAGUGUUUGCCUGUGUGUGCUGUUGCAUUGACGACCCGGUGCUUUCUGGGAAAGUGUACUAUCAAUGUAAGUACCUCAGGUUGCCUGUGAACAUCGCCGACAAGCCACCCAUGUGUGAUUUUUAUUUUGGCUCGAUGUUCAAUCAGGACCUGCUUCAGAUCAUGAUCAGCACCAACGGAAAGUCUCCCCGUUUGCUGAAGAUGAUAAAGGACGACAUCGCCCGGCAAUUUUCCAACAUUAGACUCAAUGACGCUGUAGACACGUUGGGCUCCAUCAGAGCUAACUUGAGAGAGAGAAAGCUUAAGGAUAAUAGCUUGGAGACGAUAGAAAAAAGAAUGGAGUGGAUCAAAAAACUUACUGACUUCUUUACGCUUCGCCAGUGGAGCCAGCUCCAUCUCACCGAAGCGCAAGUUGAUAAAGUGGUUGACUGUUACCCUAACUUUCCUCCCAAAGACUACGAAGAGUUUCUCAAAUUUGUUUCAUAG